AUGGUCUCCGUCAAGGAAGCACCCCUCCAAGCGGAGUUGACUCACGGACCGGAUUUAAGAAAAGAGCCAGUGCCUUUUCCAAUUACAAAAUCGGUUGAGGAUGUCGAUUUUCUCCAUGCGCAGCAAGCUUUCACUCUCUCGUUUGAAAACUUGACGGUUCAAGUCCCCGAAGUCAAGGGCAACUGCUUCAAUUGCCUCGACAAUCCGGUUGGUUUCGGAAUUCAAGAAUACCUUGGUACGCCCUUACAGCAAAGGGACGGCUAUUACGCUGUCCAAAUCUUAUCGGGUAUUAUUGGCCCCGGGAAGCUUGGUCUCUUUCUUGGGUCGAACAAAGCGUCCAUGUCUACACUCAUUCGCGCGCUCUGUGGUCGUUUUAACCAACGAGACGAUCUCUACGGCACAGUCUUACUCAACGGCAUGCCCAUGGGAGAGGCCAACCAAGGAUGGCGACGCUUGUCACCGUACGGACGGAUUCGAACUAUGGAUCAUAUUCAAUCCCGCGUCGAAUCCAUUCUGUCGACGUUGGGCCUGUCCCAUGUGGCGCAGACUGUGGUAGGAGACGAAAACUUGCGCGGCGUUUUUGGGGGCCAAAAGCGACUCGUGACAGUGAGGGAUAUGUUGACGGAUCCCAACACGCGAUAUCUCUGUUUGGAACAAAUCACCGAUGGAUUGUCGUCCACAGACUCUCUUUCGUUAGUCGAGUCACUCAAAAAGGGCUGUGUUCAGCGUAAUAUCUCGGGAAUUGUUUCUUUGCAACAGCCAUCAGACGAAAUAAUUCACUUGUUUGACAAGCUUUUAGUAUUGAGUGAGAAUGGAGAACAGGUCUACUUUGGUUCCAUCGAUCGCGAUGCUUUGAAAGCGAUUUGUUUGGAAGACAACCGAAGAGAUUCGGACUCUAUUUGCGACUUGGUGCUCCGCUCGAAUGCAAGCGAAUCUUUGAUUAAAAAAGCUAUGACUUUGCAUCGUUUCCAACAAUCUGCCGCGUACAAGAUCUUGGUUAGCGAACUGGCUGAAACGAAAAGUCUAGGAUCCUUAGCCCUCAAUCGUGACGUCAACACACUAUUGCCGCACAAAAACACUCGACCUCAAGUUGGUACCAGGUUCGUAUUCUCAUGGCCCCCGCCGGCAGAAGCUUAUUUUUAUUCGUAA